AUGGCGAAGACAUUGUCCAGAGUUGUACUCAUAGGUGCUUCGGGCACAGUAGGAUCCAACAUUUUAAAAGCCCUUCUUGAAGACCCGACAGACAAGUUCACCAUAAGCGUAUUGUGCAGACCCAGCUCAACAGCAACGUUCCCUGAACAUAAUAGCCUCAAAGUGGUUAAGACAGCCUUAGACGACCUUGACUCUCUGACCAACAUCUUCAAGGACCACGACGCAAUCAUUCACGCCUCUGCAAUCCCAAGUCUGCCAUCACAAUAUGUUAUGAUUAAAGCUGCCGCGCAAGCAGGCAGCCCUAAACGCUUCAUCCUCAACGAAUUCGCAAACUCAUACGACCAGCCUGGUCUGCCCGAGCUCGAACAGUUUCGCACUCCCAAACGGGAGAUCCUCGACGUAGCGAAGCAGACGGCUCUUGAGACGAAUGGCGCCUUCUCAUGGACAGGUCUUGCGACGGGCAACUUCCUAGAUUAUGCGUUGGUCAAGUACCCUCAGAUCGGGGUGGAUAUCAGGAACCGCAAGGCACGACUGAUCGAUGGUGGGGAGGAGAGGUUCAGCGCGACUAUCCUGAAGGAUAUUGGGACCGCAGUGAGAGGCAUCUUGCGCAGGCCGCACGAGACGAGGAACCGAAUGUGUCAUGUUAGAAGCGUGGAGACGUGUCAGAGAGAAAUACUGGGUGUUUGUCAAAGGGAGCUUAGGGAGAUGGGAGACCCUUGGGAUGUGGAAAGUGUGGAUGGGAAGGAGAUGUAUGAGAGGGGCAGAGAGGCUUUUGCUAGAGGGGAGAGGAAUGGUAUGGUCGAUAUUUUGGUUGCGCAGCUAUUUCAGAGAGGUGCGAAGAGGUCGAUCGUGGUGGAGAGGGAGGAAAGCGAUAACGAUUUGCUUGGAGUUCGGGAGAAGAGUAUAGAGGAGGUUGUGAGGGAGGUGUUGAAGAACUUCUAG